ACCCCGCCCCCUGAGAGUUAAGAGUCCCCCUGGCGCGGGGUGCAGGGUCCAUACUGUCGCGGGCUGAGGGGCCAGAGCAGUUACCAUGGCGACAGCUCCGAUGUCUCGGACCCUGGCCGGAGUGGCAGCGGCUGCAGGAGUAGGAGUAGGGCCAGGAGCAAGCUCGCAGCUCCGGGCCCUGAGAGGUGUCCGCAGAUUCAGCAGUAGUGCCAGGCGCCGGAGAUCUGGGGGUGCCAGCCCCAGUCACCGCCUCAGUACUGCCCGGGUUCGGACCCAGCUGCCGAAAGAGAAGGCCGAGAGGGAUCCCGAAGAGACGGAAGGUGACAAGGGACCUCCUCCGGAAAUGGGGCCACCUGCCGCCGCUCCGCCGCCGCCUCCAGCCGUGGUCCCUGCGCGGAACUCCAGCCGCUCGCUGGUCCAGCGGGACAUCCAGGCGUUCCUGACCGAGUGUGGGGCCAGCCCCGGGGAGGCGAGGCACUGGCUCAUCCAGUUUCAGACCACCUAUGACUCGGCAGAUAAACCUUUUGCCAUCAUCGAGGUGGAUGAAGGUAUAUUCAAGAGCACAGAUGCAGUCCUAAGUCUGGCCUUCGCACUGGCCUUCUUGCAACGGAUGGAUAUGAAGCCACUUGUGGUUCUUGGACUCCCAGAACCCACUGCACCGUCUGGCUGCCUUUCCUUCUGGGAGGCCAAGGCCCAGAUGGCUCAGAGCUGCAAGGUCCUUGUGGACUCUCUGCGACACAAUGCAGCCACUGCUGUGCCCUUUUUUGGGGGAGGGUCUGUGCUGAGUGCUGCCGAACCUGCCCCCCAUGCCACCUAUGGUGGCAUUGUCUCUGUGGAGACAGACCUGCUAAAAUGGUGCCUGGAGUCGGGUAGCAUCCCCAUCCUGUGUCCUAUUGGCGAGACAGGUGUCCGGCGCUCUGUGCUGCUCAAUUCCUUGGAGGUCACUGCUGCUCUGGCCAAGGCUCUGCGGCCCACCAAGAUUAUCUUCCUCAAUACUACCGGGGGCCUCCAGGAUGCCAAUCAGAAGGUUCUGAGUAAUGUAAACCUGCCAGCUGACCUACACCUAGUGACAAAUGCCCAGUGGAUGAGCAGCAAGGAGAGGCAGCAAAUUCGACUCAUUGUAGACGUGCUAGGCCGACUAUCCCAUGACUCUUCAGCUGUUAUAACAUCUGCCAACACCUUGCUUACAGAACUCUUCAGCAACAAGGGAUCAGGGACCCUUUUCAAGAAUGCUGAGCGGAUGCUUCGAGUCGAGAGCCUAGAGAAGCUGGAUCAGAAGCGGCUGGUAGACCUCGUAAAUGCGAGUUUUGGCAAAAAGCUUCGGGACGACUAUUUGGCCUCUCUUCGACCACGGCUGCACUCCAUUUACUAUUCUGAAGGGUACAAUGCUGCAGCCAUCCUGACCACUGAACCUGUGCUGGGAGGCACCCCAUACCUGGACAAGUUUGUGGUGAACUCAAGCAGAAAGAGCCAGGGCUCAGGCCAGAUGCUAUGGGAGUGCAUGCGGCAGGACCUGCACCGACUUUUCUGGAGAUCCCGUGUUACCAAUCCCAUCAACCCUUGGUACUUUAAGAACUGUGAUGGCAGCUUCUCCAACAAACAGUGGAUCUUCUUCUGGUUUGGCCUGUCCGACAUCCGCGACUCCUAUGAGCUUGUUAACCACGCCAAGGGACUGCCUGACUCCUUCUGCAAACCUGCCUCUGACCCAGGCAGCUGAUAGGAACCAUCAACCCUUCUGUUCCCAGCCCAACUGAGUGCACAGCCAAGAGCUAUGCUGAGGCAGUGGUCCCAGGGAAGUUAGGAGGCAGGCCUAGGCCUGCUGGCUGAGAAACCUGAAUAGAAGGGGAGAUGGGAAGGCCUUGAGGCCCUUGGACUCUGGGGAGGGGAGGGAGCCAGUGAAGCAGCAGAAACAGGGAGGCUGGCUUAGCUGAAUAGAGUAUGGGUACCUGGAACCUGCUGUCCAGAACUCUGCCAGCUGUUCCAAAACAACUGGUAUCUAUUUCUUCGUCUUCCCUGGGAACCCUGAUCCCAUCAGGACUCCUACCCAGGGUGAACCAAUGUGUUGGUGAAAUACAUGACCACCUCCAUGUGUGA